AUGCCGAAACGAAGACGGAGCAAUGAUGAUACUGGCAAGCAGCCAGCGCCAGCGAAACGAAGUCGCACCGGGUCCAAGCGUCAUCUGCUGGACAUCAGCGACGAGAUUCUCCUGCGCAUCUUAUCAUUUCUCCCUAUCAAAGACUUGCUGAAGACCGAGUGUGUCUCACGCCGACUUUAUUCCCUCGCUACCGAUCGCGGAAUCUGGAAGGUGAAAUAUAUGCAAACAUGGGUGCGGCCGCGCUUGCGACGGCUUCCACCUGCAGGCACAGGGCACCACGAUCACUCGGUCGAUUGGAAAAGCCGGUUCAGGAUUAAAUCAAAUUGGUCAAAAGGCCAGGCCAGAUUAAAGGAGGUUGAGGUCGCUCAGCCGCCUGCACCACCCGUGAUUGCGAAAGUCCAUCGGGGCAUGAUAUUCACGGUCGAUCCAACCAAUGGCUUGCGAAUUUGGUCUCAGCGGGAUGUGACCAAGACACCAAAGGCGCAGGCUCAACUUCAUGGACCGUCGACCGCCACCUGCAUGGCUGUAGAAUCCAUCGACGACACAACCUAUAUCUUGCUUGGGUUCGACGAUGGAUCUCUCUCGAUUUACAUCUACGAUCAUGAGGGCCAGAUCGAGCGCCGGUCAAGCCUCCAGUCCGCGGACGGAUCCCUAAUGGCUAUUUCUCUAGCUUUUCCCUACGUGAUGACGGUCUCCAGAACAAAGUACCUGAGCCUGUAUCAGUGCGACUCGAAGGGGAUUCGAGACGGAAACGCGAUCGAUAUAUCGACAAUUGCUCGACUGCAGUCCGAUGCCUCCUUUGCGCCCAUUUCGGUAGCCUUAAGACGCGCCCCAGACCAGGUCAUUGCGACUAUCGCGUAUGCGUUUAGCAGAUUCCAGUCCGGAUGGUGUGUUGGGUUACAGGAAAUUCGUCUGUCCACCGCCGGCAGAGUCCUGGACAGCAGAUUGGCGUCAACCUUGGGCCGUCCCUACACAGGCUGGAGCAAAGGGGAUAUGACCACCCGAUCGACAAGUUCUCUGCCGUUGCCUCUGCACCCUCAACUGAUGAAUCCGCCUACCUCUCUUUCUUACCAACAUCCGUUUCUGAUCGGGACCUUGGCAGACAACACAAUCAUAUCGUUCCUCGUGACUUCAAAUGAUGAAAAGCUAGAGAUUAGCGCCGGACGACGUCUUUGGGGUCACACGUCGGCAGUAUCAGGCGCAGAAGUCAACAACCGGGGCAAAGCCGUGUCGAUCAGCUCUCGCGGAGAUGAAAUGCGAGUUUGGGAACUGGAACCUGUGAUGGCCACUGAAAACCAACCUCGGGCCAGCACUCAGAUCAUAGCGGUCGAUGCACUGUGUGGUGGCGCUGAACUAUUGCGGGGGCGAAGUCCCACGCUGGGAUUCGCCUUGGGCGAGCUAAGACGCGAGAUGGAGCUCACGCGACGAUGGGUUGGCUUCGACGAUGAACAGGUGGUGGUGCUGGGCGAACGAGGUCAACGACAGAUUAUGGCAUUGUACGAUUUUACGUAG